GUGAGUGAUGUCCGCCGCCGGUAACGCGUCUCUUUUCCCGCUCGGUAACGCGAGUAACCGGUUCGCGCAGCCGCCGUGGCGCGUGGCCGUGUGGUCCGUGGCGUACGGCUGCGUGACGCUGGUGUCGGUGUUCGGGAACCUGGUGGUCAUCUGGAUCAUCGUGGCGCACAAGCGCAUGCGGACCGUCACCAACUCGUUCCUGCUGAACCUGGCGGUGGCGGACGCGUCCGUGGCGGCUCUCAACACGCCCGUGAACCUGGUGUACGCGGCGCACGGGGACUGGUACUUCGGGGACGCGUACUGCAAGUUCCACAACUUCUUCCCCGUGGCCUCCGUGUUCGCCAGCAUCUACUCCAUGACCGCCAUCGCCGUGGACAGGUACAUGGCGAUCAUACACCCACUGAAGCCGCGUUUCUCGGCCACAUUAACCCGCGUGGUGAUUGUGUGUGUGUGGGGGGCGGCGGUGGUGAUGGCCUUCCCGCUGUGCUUCUACUCAAAUACCAAAGCUGUUCCCAACAGGACGCUGUGUUACGUGGACUGGCCACGCGGUGCCAUCGAUACCUUCAUGUACCACAUUAUUGUAGCCAUACUGGUGUAUCUGCUGCCCCUAGUGGUGAUGGCGAUCACAUACAGUGUGGUUGGUAUCACACUGUGGGGGGGCGGCAUGCCAGGAAACUCCUCUGACAACUACCUGGAGCAGCUACAGGCCAAGCGCAAGGUGGUGAAGAUGAUGAUGGUGGUGGUGGUGACCUUUGCUCUGUGCUGGUUGCCGUAUCACCUUUUCUUCAUCAUCACAGGUCUUUACAAAAGCCUGAACAAGAGGAGGUUCAUCCAGCAGGUGUAUCUGGCGGUGCUGUGGUUGGCCAUGAGCUCCAGCGUCUACAACCCCAUCAUCUACUGCUGCCUCAACAGCAGGUUCCGCGCCGGUUUUAAGCGAGUGUUCAGCUGGUGUCCCUUCAUCACCUUGUCUCACCUGGACGAGCUAGAGCUGAAGUCGGCCCGAUUCCAGCGGAACCGUCAGAGCAGCCUGUUCAUGCUGACCCGCCUGGACUCCAGCGUCGACACACACUCCUCACACUCUUCACGACGCAAGAGCUCCGCCGCCAGUCGCCACAGCAGCCUGAGCAGCCAACCGCGCCCCAGCACACGACUCUCUCCAAACGGCUGUAAGCACACCCCUCCCCUAAACACCACACCCACCUCAGCCGCUCUCAGCCAAUCAGACGCCAGAGCUAGAGCCGCUACAGACUGAAGUCCAGACUCGUUUCUCCGAGCGUCGCUAAGUGUUACUCUACUUUACUGAGCGCGCGGGGAGUGCAACGCUCUUCUUCAUGUUCUUCCUUAUUUUUCACAUAAAUUUUUGUUAAAACAUUUUUUUAAGAGAUUUUACACAGUUUUACAUUCAGAUUAAAGCUGAUGGCGGAUGAUGUCAUAGUGUGUGUUAGAAUCAACCAAUCAGCAGCUUUGCUUUAAAUCAGUGGAAAUGCACACUUCUAUCUUUCUCCCUGAGUUCUUUCUUCCUUAUUAUUUUUUUCCUUACUUAUGUGCUUCCUUCUGUUUUUUUUUCCUUUUGUUAUUUCCUUUGUCUCUGUAUUUCUCUUGUUGUUUUGAGUGUUACUGUAACUUUAUAACUUUUACGCACGUUUUUGUACUAUUCAAGAGCUUUUAAUUCUGAUUAUCUCGACCAUGUGACAUCCCCUCCCCCUCCCCC